GGAGGGGCCGUGCCCUGCACUCGCCAUGUCCGCGGAGAGGCGGCCGGAACCGCUGCGAGGCGCCGGGGGCGUCAAGUUGUCAGCAGAGGUCAAACCAUUUGUCCCAAAACAUGCAGCAGUAACCGUGGCAUGGUCAGAACCCUCAGCAGCAUGUGUGUUUCCUAGGUACUUAACCACAUGCUACCCGUUUGUUCAGGAACCGUCUUUGGAUAAGCACCGAGUAUAUGCUGAAGAUUUACCCCGGGAUGGCUUCUCAUCUCUUUCUCAAUGUCCAUCACGUAGUGUUAUGGGAGAUCCUGCAUUCCGUGAAUACUCCAGCAGCUCUUACUCACCUGAUGUUGUUUCAAAUAUGUACCCACUAGCUGGCUCACACCAUCCUCACACCAACCCAGCACACUGUAAUGAUUCUGGCAUAGUUAGUGAAUCUGCUGAGCAAAAGUAUCCAAUCAGACAAGAAAGUAAGAAUCUUUCAAAGCAGAGGAGAUCAAAGGAAGGUGAGAAAAAAUCAGACAAGAAAAAGCAUGAUGGAGAGGAGUCUUCUGUCAGAAUCAUGAGCAGGACUUCGUUCCAGACCUCUGCAUGCAGCAGAGAUUCCAUGAAGCCAGACAGGUUCAAUAAAACUGCAAGAAAGAAGUCAACUCAAACUCCAAAAAUAGAGUCUCUUCCUGUACCUGCCUUUGAAACUACUAUUCUGGAUUUCCACAAGUCACAGAGUUUGGGAAGCAGUGAGACAUUGAAUGUACGUCAUAAAAGCGGACCAGUAUGUUCAGCGGAAAGUAGCGUUACGUGCCUUAGUCGACCACAGAGGUCUCCUUUGUUGAACACAGAGGAAGAUGUUUCUGUGGAAAACAAAGCCCCAUCAAUAACUUCAAAAGAAACAGUACCCAGCUUAAUUCCCUCCUCAUUUGAUGGUAGAGCAUUUCCUGAAGCAUCUGCAGAUGGCUCUGCUCAGCCACAUCUGUCUUGGGCUAUGAUACUUUCACAGCCCCCGAAGAAAACUACGUUGUCAUCAGCAUCUGAAGGUCUUCCCAGAGGCAAAGGAAACCAGGCAGAAACAAAAACUGAUGCUAAUGAAACUGAUCCUGAAGAAGUGUCAGCAAAAAAGAGAAAAAAGAAAAAGAAGAAAAAGAAAAACAAGUCACUCGCUGAUGUAGAAGAAACUCAGAACGAAUCUACUUUAAUACAGGAACCACCAAGGAUUGAGGAUGCUGAGGAGUUUCCUGAUCUGGCAGCUGCUUCUGAUAGGAGAAACAAAUCAGGAUCUCAGAAACCACCAUUUAUUCCUGCUGUCAGAAAGCAGGCUGAAAUCCAUUACCCCAAAGAGUCUCGGGAUAGUAGAUCCCCCACACUGGAUGGGACUCCUAAAGUAGAUGGAUUGUCGGGGAAGCAGGCUUCAUCUUUACCAUUAGAAAGGAAGAAAAUGCAGGAAACAUCCAAGAGCAGUGGUAAGAAGAGUCAAGUUCCUGUGCAACUGGAUUUAGGUGGCAUGCUAGCAGUCUUGGAGCAGAAACAGCAGACAGAGAAGUCAAAACAAUCUUCUAAGUCUGUGGUAUUUUCAGUUGGUGGUGCCAUACCAUUGCUUUCUAAAGAACCUGCUACAGCCACAAAAAGUCACCGGUUAAAUCAAGGAAAGAUGCCUCAUAACCCUUUGGAUUCCAGCGCUCCUUUGGUAAAGAAAGGGAAACAGAGAGAAGUCCCUAAAGCAAAGAGACCAACACCUCUUAAAAAGAUUAUUCUGAAAGAAAGAGAACAGCGAAAACAGCAACACCUGCUAGAACAAACAGCAGUCCCAAAAGAUGGAGAUAUUAGUUUGCCUGCAGAAAAUACUACUGAAGGUGAAACACUUCCACAGGGUAGUCAAGCAGCUGUUCCUGUAAUGCAAGUUGCUGAGGGGUUUCUGGAGAGCACAGGGAUCAAGGAGUCUACCCAGGAGUCUACAGAAGGCUCUAUGGAUUCAAAGCAGCUAACUUCUACCGUUCCAAAAAUCCAUAGUAGGAGAUUUAGAGAUUAUUGCAGCCAGGUACUUAGCAAAGAAGUUGACAGUUGUGUGACAGAUCUCUUAAAAGAACUGGUUCGUUUCCAAGAUCGUUUGUAUCAGAAAGACCCAGUAAAGGCUAAGAUAAAGCGCAGGCUUGUUAUGGGGCUUAGAGAAGUUUUGAAACAUCUGAAGCUGAAAAAACUGAAGUGUGUCAUCAUCUCUCCUAACUGCGAAAAGAUUCAGUCAAAGGGUGGGUUGGAUGACACGCUACAUAACAUUAUCGACUGUGCCUGUGAGCAGAAUAUCCCGUUUGUUUUUGCCCUUAAUCGCAAGGCCUUAGGCCGUUGUGUGAACAAAGCAGUGCCUGUGAGCGUGGUGGGAAUUUUUAGCUACGAUGGGGCUCAGGACCAUUUUCAUAGAAUGGUACAGCUGACAACAGAGGCCAGGAAGGCCUACAAAGAUAUGAUAGCAGCUUUGGAGGUAGAAGCUGAAGGAAGACUACGAGAAACUGAACUUAGCAUCAUAACCACUGAACAUGAACAAGGUUGCUUAUCAGACACUGGUAAAACGGCUUCCAGGGACUCUGAUGAGGAUGUACCAAAUUAUAUUAAAAUCUGGAAGAGAAAGCUUGAAGAAGAGUAUAACCCCUAUGCGCUGGAACUGGAAAAGAGUGCAACUGCUGAUGUGGUGGUACUGAAUUCAGAAGAGCAACACUAAAUGUCGAUCCAAGGAGGUGUUAGGUGUUUUAAGGUUUUUCAUUUUUUUAUGGAUCUGUAAAUACUUUAUCUAAAAUUAAAUAUCCAUCUAUGAAAACGACAUAACAAGAUAAAAUAAUUAAAAAUAUAUAUAUCUGAAGUCAGCUAAGUGAACUGUUCUGAAUCCCCUUAAGCAAAAUGCACACUGGAGUACAUGAGGCACUGCCUAAUUCUUUUAAAGUUCUGUGUACUUGGCUCAUUACUAUAGCAGAUGAUAAUAGCAAACAAAUUGUCUUAACCCAGAACAACUUGAACCGGCUUUGCACACUAGUAAUGGUUUUAUGGACUUCUGAUUUGUAAACAGUGCAAUAAACCAAAAGAAUUUGUUAGCAAGAUGGCUUGCUUUGGGGAGAGAUUCCACGUGACGGAUGUUUGGAGCUUAGGGGAUAUAGGAUUUUGAUUUAUGUUGUUGUUGUUUUUAUUAUGCUUUCCGUUUUGUUUAUAAUAAAGCUACUCAGGUGGGCAGGCUGGCAUAAUUGUCACUCUCUACCAGUCAGCAAGAAGUAAAUUCUGGGCAGGUUCAGCUAGUUAGAACCUAAUUAAGGAAAGCCAUAAUGAUGAAGGUUCCCAGUUAGUUCUUCCCCUGUGAUAAUGUAUUGUUCUGGGAUCAUUCUGCAGGUGUAAAGAAGAGAGUAUGGACUAUAAAGGACAUUCCUGAUGUGAAAAGGCUAUGUUUGGGAAUGUUCUAAAGUUGAUAAAGGGAACAGUGAUGAUGUUCCUGUUCUCUGAUGUUACUGAGAUCAGUUCACUACAGGUCCUGUUUGAAGUUAUAGGAUAGUGGAGGACAUACAAUGGGUCAGCCUGCUGUCCUCUCUCUUUGUACCUUUUCCGUGCCGGCAGACUCCUCAUUCCUUUGUUUCAGGGUUGUGUCGGUGUAUAUAUGCAAGAGUUUUUUAAUCAGUCUCUGUUUGUAUCUAAGAUAGGAAAAAUUUUUAUCUUAUACUUGAAAUAAAUUUAAAAACUAAAUGUGCUUGUAAUGGUGUGGUGGAGCACCUUAGUCCUUUAUAAACAUCUCUGCAGCUUACAGACAUAAGAAGACAAGCCUAAAAGAAGUCAUCGGAGGAUGCAGAUGUAACUGAUCGGCUGUUCUGAAAAAAAA